GCCGUCCGUCUCCGUCCCCGCGUGUGCGUGUUAGAGAUAAGAUGUCCUCUUGCCAGUGACCCGGAACGGGGCUAGCUCUCGCCAUGGAGCUGCCGCUGUCUGCGCCGCGCGCGCAUGCCGCCGCUGCCUUCCCCUGCAGCCCCACUUCUAUCUUCCGCCUCCAUGGGGCAGCCACUCCCCGCAGCCGCGCGCGCCCUCUGCACGCCCGCAGGAACAAGAACUCCAGGGGCGACGCAGCGGAGCCCAAAGUCAUCACCAUCGGCCGGCCCGGUAAGAAGAGCAAGCGGCGCGGCGACAAGAAGCAGGAUCAGCAGCAGCUCCCCGCGGACCAAGAAGCUGAAGACGAGGAGGAGGAGGAUGAGGAGGACGAGAGGGACGUGGCGAUCCCGGAGGUGGUGACGAACCGGAUGAUGCGGCGGGUGGGGGCGUCGGUGGGGCUCCCGCUGGCGCUGGGGCUGGCCUUCUUCCCGGCGUUCUACUACCUGAAGAAGGUGGCGAAGGUGGACGUGCCGAGCUUCAUCCCCUACGGCCUGUCCUUCGUCUUCUUCGGGGCGGCGCUGGCCGGCGUGAGCUACGGCAUCGUGUCCGCCAGCUGGGACCCCGCCAGGGAGGGCUCCCUGCUCGGCUGGAACGAGGCCCGCCGCAACUGGCCCGUCUUCUGGGAGUCCUUCCGGGGCACCCCUCCUCCGAGCCCUCCUCGCCGGGGACGAUGAUAGGCUCUGUGGUGGUAACUCGGUUAAGCUUAACUACUUGUUUCCCACAAUUUCUUCUUCUUGCUGUACGGCUGUACGUAGCUGUAGAUGUUCUUGUGCGCGUGUGUGUGAAACAAUGAGAUUUUGUUGGGCAAUCACUCACCAGUAAUAGCCGGAGCAGCGUGGUGUGGUGUGUUGCCGAUUUGCCGUACCCAGGACAUGAACAGCACUGAAUUUAUUUUAGAAGAACAGCACUGAAUUUAUGUUCCGA